AUGCCCUCCUCCCCACUCAGGGUAGCUGUGGUGUGCAGGAACAAUGUGAACAGGAGCAUGGAAGCCCACAGCAUCCUCCUCAAAAGAGGGUUCCACGUCCAGUCUUUCGGAGUCGGAUCUCGGGUGAAGCUCCCAGGACCCUCAAGCAAUCGCCCGGUGAUCUACGAUUUCUCCACGACGUAUAAGCAGAUGUACGAGGACCUUUGCAGGAAAGACCGGGAAGGCUACAGCAGGAACGGAAUCCUGCACCUCUUGGGGAGAAACGAGAGGAUCAAGCCGCGCCCCGAAAGGUUUCAGGAGUGCAGCGACCCCUUCGACGUCAUCUUCACUUGCGAGGAGAGUGUGUAUGACCGAGUGAUGCAAGAGCUGUGGGCCAGGGAGCAGGCGACCUUCCAGCCCGUGCACGUGGUCAGCGUGGGCAUCGCAGACACCUUGGAGGACGCCACCCUCGGGGCUUUCCUCAUCUGCGAGCUGUGCCAGAGCCUCCAGCAGGCAGACGACGUGGACAGUCUGGAUCAGCUGCUGCUGGCGGCGGAGGAGAAAACAGGGAAGAGCUUUCUUCACACGGCCUGCUUCUACUGAAGGUCUUGGCUGGAGUUGGCGCCUUCGUUGGGUUAACAGCUUUCGUGUGGCAUUUUGGACUAGUCCCUAUUUUCUGAGAAGGGCUUUUAACGCCCUUUCCGCGAACUUCUGUUUGUGCGAUUUUUAGGUAUAUGCCACCAGGGAAGGGUUGAGCAAGAAAAAGCGUUUCUUGGGAAACGAGGACAAGGGCUAGUAGUCAUGGAAACAGUCCAAACCUGGGGACAUUGUUCUGGGUACUUUGGGCACAAGAAGUAACUCAGCGCUCACGUGGGUCUGCGAGGACGUGACUGCCACGGCCUGCGCUUUGCAGGGGAGCGACAGGAAGUUUAUAAUGGAGUGCGGGACAAGUGAUUUAUUGAAGGAUAUUCAGCGAAUAAACAACACUGAAAGGCAGCUGCUGCGGAAGGCUCUGGCCGACUGAUCUCUGAACGUAAGGGAGAUCCUGCACUGCUUGAACGUAAGCAGCGCGUGCGGCCAGGGACCCAGGCUGGACGAGGCCUUAUCUGACCUGCGCACGCGCGGACUGACUGCUUUGGUUCCUUAACCCCUUACUCCUUGUCGUUUGUUUGCUGCGUGACUUUCUAUUGUGCUUUGCUUUGCGUGAUGUGUUCACACACAGCCAGGUGCAGUGUGUAGUGAAAUGUCAUUGAGUUUGGAAUCCUGAACCUACUUUACCCUUGCUUUAUGAUUAAAUAAAGCUGACGUGCAGAGACACAACUCGUGCUUGCCUUUCUAGCAUGCUCGCGAUGGUACCCACUCUGCACCAACAGGAAAAGAGACAUCCUUAACACCAGCGGUGAGAAAUUUAGAGCUGGAAGUCUGUACAGACAACCCUUGUUGCUCGGCUCUAAUCAACUACCCCAGCCUGAGUUCUGUUUAGAAUUCCUUACUAAUUGAAGCUCCUGAAAUUCGG